AUGGCAAAACCAAGUGAAGAUUGGCCGGGCUUCGCAAGUCUCAGCCCGAGGUCGGAAAAGUAUGAGCGAAUCAAGAUCAUAUUGUCUUCAGCAAACUUUGAGCAUUUGAAGACGUGCGCGUUGGACGCGCGGCGCAGACAGCAAGUAGACCUGUCUCCUGAUAUCGACUGCCACAUAAACCUGACCCAGUUCGCCACGGGAUUUGAUAACCUGGUUCUUGAGCUCUCGUUUUCUGACAACGCAUAUUGGAUUGCUCGGAUCCCCUAUCGCACUGUCGACGACAGCACCAAGACCUCUUUGCUGAGCGAGAUAGCCACCAUGAACAUCGUUCGCCAACGUACAAGUAUACCCAUACCUCGCAUUUUUGGAUUCGAGAUAUCUGCAGAACAGCCCUUUGGAUACCCAUAUAUUUUGAUGGAGUGCCUCGGUGGUCGUCAACUUGAUAAUGGGUUGGCAAGCUCGAUACCUCAACAGUAUCACCCCAAAGCAGCCAAAUAGUUAGCAAAUGUAUUUGCAGAACUCCAAGCCCUUACAUUUAGCCGCAUUGGCCGACUUUGGUUU